AUGGCGGGGGACGCUGGCGGCGGCGGGGUGGACUGGGAGAGCCUGGUGGAGGCCACCUCCGGGGCAAUCGGCUCGCUCGUCAGCACCACCGUGCUCUACCCGCUCGACACCUGCAAGACCAAGUUCCAGGCCGAGCUCCAGACGCAACAGGGCGCGCAGAAGUAUAGGAACCUUUCAGAUGUCUUUUGGGAAGCGAUUCGUAAAAGGCAAUUUUUGUCUCUAUAUCAGGGCCUUAACACGAAGAACAUUCAGUCUUUUGUUUCCUCGUUUUUUUAUUUUUAUGGGUAUAGCUAUUUUAAAAGACUCUACUUGGAGAAGAGUGGAGCAAAGUCUAUUGGAACAACAGCCAACUUGUUAGUUGCAGCUGCUGCUGGUGCUUGCACCGUUAUCGUGACACAGCCAUUAGAUACAGCAGCUUCUAGGAUGCAGACAAGUGCCUUUGGAAAGUCUAAAGGUCUGAGGGAAACUCUUUCAGAAGGUACUUGGAUGGAAGCAUUCGAUGGCUUGGGCAUUUCCAUUAUAUUGACUUGCAAUCCUUCUAUUCAGUACACCGUAUUUGAUCAGCUCAAGCAAAGGAUAAUUCAGAGGCAGCGACGCAAAAAUGCAGGAUCAGCAGAGGAUAAUUCCCGAGUUGCUCUUUCUGCUUUCUCAGCUUUUCUGCUUGGUGCUGUCUCCAAAAGUAUUGCUACAGUAUUAACUUAUCCAUUAAUCAGGUGCAAGGUGAUGAUUCAGGCUGCAGAUCCAGAUGAAGAUGAUGACAAUGAAUCUGAAAGGCCAAGCAAAUCAAGAGCACCAAAAACAAUGCUAGGUGCCUUGCAUGCUAUCUGGACCAAGGAAGGCAUUCCAGGCUUCUUCAAAGGCCUGAAUGCUCAGAUCCUUAAAACAGUUUUGAGCUCCGCCUUGCUGCUGAUGAUAAAGGAGAAGAUCUCGAAGUUCACUUGGGUCUCACUGCUUGCCAUGCGGCGGUAUCUCUUCGUUUCUCAGAAGAGGAUAAAGAGUGUAACUGUAUGA